GAAUAAAUGGGUAUGACUGUUAACUUUUUGUUUUUUUUCAUGUAAUUCCCUUCAUUUGAUCUUGUUAAAUACGUCAUUAUUGUUCAAUCUGAAAUUAAUUGUAUAAAUUUUGUUAAAUUACGUUAAAUUUUUAGAUUCUAAUUUUUGUAAAUUUCUCUCCUUUUAGCGCCCCAUAUUCAAUAUUACUUAAUUAUUGUUAUGACUCCAAAAAUUCUACCUCUACGUUGCAAAACUGCAACUGGAUCGAUUCAAAUUGAAUCUUUAUAUGAAACAAGUACCAUAAAAGAGAUGAAAGAAGUUAUAUCCAGUGUUACCGGUAUUCACCCUGAAACAUUAGUUAUUCGUCGUGGUUUCCCGCCGAUUCCCAUUGAUUUAACGGAUGAAACUAAACCACUCAUCGAGGCAAUUACUUCAUCUAAGGAGAUGCUGAUAAUUGAAGGUUCAUCUGCUGAUAGAGGAUCAUAUGCUUCUAAACCAACCCCUUUAGAACCAAGUUCAUUUCCAACUAAACCAACGAGACCUACACAAUCGUAUAACGUGCCUGUACAACCGAGUAAAGGUGUAUUGAUGCGCCAUGUUGUUCCAGCCAAUAAUUCAUGCCUUUUUACUAGUAUUAACUUUUGCCUUACAAAUGGCAGAUAUGAAGAAGCAUCUGGAAAAUUUUUACGACAGAUAAUUGCGAAAACCGUUGCCCGAGACCCGAUCACUUAUAAUGAAGCCUUUUUAGGAAAACCUAAUCGUGACUAUGUUACUUGGAUUCUUAAUGAAACCCAUUGGGGAGGUGCAAUAGAGAUAUCCAUUCUUUCUGCUCACUACUCUAUUGAGAUUGUUGUUGUUGAUACUCAAAAUACUCGACUUAACCGUUUUGGAGAAGAUAAAGACUAUGCCAAUCGAAUUCUCGUGAUUUAUGACGGAAUUCAUUAUGAUCCUUUGUUGUUGGAACCCUCUCCUUAUGGGACUAGUAAAAAAAUACAAACCAUUUUCCCUAAAUCUGAUGAUAUAAUUUUAUCUUUGGCUUUGGAGCUUGCCCAUGAAGCAAGAACAAGUAGACAAUUUACUGAUGUUCAAAAUUUCACUCUGAGAUGUUUAGAUUGUAAUACUGCAUUACAAGGUCAAGAAGCGGCGCGUAUCCAUGCUCAAGAAACUGGUCAUAUAAAUUUUGGAGAGAUUUAAUUUUUCACCAAGCAAGCAUACAUGUUUCUAUGCAAAUUGAAGCAAUUUAUCGAUAGAGUUAUAACAAUACUGUUGCAAUUGUGCGCUUAUUAUUUAUCAUGAGUUCAGCAUUAAAAUUAUUCAAUAGAGGCAA